CAACAAUACUCACACAUAUAUACAUAUACAUAUAAUUUAUACAUAUACAGACUUAUAUCUAAUAACCAUAACUGCCCAAACAGAAGGGACUUUUUGUGUUUGUGUCUUUAUUAUUAUUAUUUUUUUCUGUGUGUGUGAAAAAUUAAAUCCUUCAUCAUUUUCAUCAGAUUCACCGUUGUUUGGUUUCAAUGGAGAUUCAAUGUUAAAACUGAGUUUGCUCGGUUAGAUUGCUGAAACAUGGGCCAGAACUCGCCCAGUACAAACGACGGUGACAACUCAAAUGCCAACUCCGACGGCACCGGACUAUAUCCGAUCCGGGGUCGAUUCCCAUUCAAGAGAAACCCUAAACCUGCGUCUAUACCUUUAUCGAAAUCAUCUGCUGCAGUCAUCAGCUUAUCGGAUCGGCGCCGAUCUCACGUCCACGGAGGCCGAUCCGUUGUUCCUCGGAAGCUGUGCUCAGUCAGGGGAACGUCGUUGUUCUACUUGUGUAUAUUGGUUGCUGUUUUUGCGUUUGCACUGGCAUCGAUGGUGCUACAGAGCUCGAUAGCUUCAAUGGUUUUCCGGCAGGGCGGCGGUGAGAGGAUUGGGAGGACUGUGCGCGAGGGUUUGAAGUUCGGAAGUUCGCUGAAGUUCAUUUCAUCGAGGAUCGAUAGGAGUUUCGAGAUUGAACGUGCAAGGCACAAGCCUCGGGUUGGAGUUCGACCUCCUAGGCUUGCAAUUAUCUUAGGAAACAUGGAGGAUGACCCAUUGUCAUUGAUGCUGCUUACUGUGAUGAAGAAUAUACGAGGACUGGAUUAUAUGCUUCAGAUAUAUGCAACAGAAGAUGGCAAAACAAAAUCACUCUGGGAGAAGAUUGUUGGCCAAGUCUCCAUUCUAAGUCCUGAAAAUUAUGGUCAUAUUGAUUGGUCAAUAUUUGAUGGCAUCAUUGUAAAUUCUCUAGAAGCACAUGAUGCUAUUUCAAGCCUUAUGCAGGAGCCCUUUUGCUCUGUACAACUCAUUUGGAUAAUUCAAGAAGACACCCUUUCAAAUCGCCUUCCUCUAUAUCAAGAAUUGCCACAUGAACAUCUAAUUACAUAUUGGAAGAAUGUUUUUAGAAGAGCUGAUGUGAUUGUGUUUCCAGAUUAUUCUUUCCCGAUGUUAUAUAGUGUGCUUGACACUGGAAACUUCUUUGUGAUUCCUGGAUCACCAAUAGAUGUGUGGGCAGCUGAAAGAUACCUAAAAACUCACUCCAAAUUUCAAUUAAGGAUGAAAAAUGGUUUUGGUGAAGAUGAUAUGAUAGUUUUGGUUGUUGGAAGUUCUUUCUUCUACAAUGAACUAUCAUGGGAUUAUGCUGUAGCAAUGCAUAACUUAGGACCUUUGCUUAUCAAAUAUGCAAAGGAAGGCGAUGUGGGCCCUUCAUUCAAAUUUUUAUUCGUAUGUGGGAACUCCAGUAAUGCCUAUAACGAUGCUUUACAGGAUAUUGCUGCUCAUUUAGGGCUCAACCGUGAUUCGGUUAGACAUUAUGGAUUAGAUGCUGACGUGGACGAGAUUUUAUUAAUAUCUGAUAUUGUUCUAUAUGGUUCCUCUCAAGAUGAACAAGGGUUCCCUUCAUUACUCACUAGGGCCAUGACAUUUGGUGUUCCCAUAAUUGCCCCUGAUUACCCCAUCAUAAAAAAAUACGUUAUUGAUGGCGAAAAUGGAAUUAUUUUUUCAAAAGACAAACCCGAUGAGUUGAUGAAAGCUUUCUUGCUUCUUAUAUCAAAAGGAAAGCUCUCAAAUUUUGCCACUACCAUUGCUUCUUCCGGAAGGUUGCUUGCUAAAAACAUGCAUGCAUCAGAAUGUGUUUCUGGUUAUAUAAAACUUCUCAACAAUGUUCUUACACUUCCAUCAGACUCCAUGUUGCCACAUUCCAUUUCUCAAUUAUCACAUGAAUGGGAAUGGGAUUUGUUCUCAGAAGAAACAGAUGACAUGGCAUAUUUUAUUAAAAAAGAUACAAGAAAUACGAGUGUAGUUUUUGAUAUUGAAGAACACAUGACAUUAAUAAUGGAUUCAAGAAGCUCACAGAAUGAUCCCGAGAUAAUGGCAGAGGAUAUUCCAACCGAAUUGGACUGGAUUGUUUUAAGUGAAAUCGAUAGUUCAGAAGAAGUUGAAAGGGUAGAAUUGGAAGAGAUUGAGGGAAGAACAGAUAAAAGCUAUGGUGUAUGGGAUGAAUUAUAUCGCGAUGCUAAAAAAGCAGAAAAAUUAAAAUCUGAAGCAAAUGAAAGGGAUGAAGGGGAGCUAGAGAGGACUGGUCAACCUUUAUGCAUAUAUGAGAUCUACAAUGGAGCAGGGGCUUGGCCUUUUUUGCACCAUGGUUCUUUAUAUCGUGGUCUAAGUCUAUCUACAAAAUCUAGAAGAUUGAGAUCGGAUGAUGUGGAUGCAGUUGGGAGGCUUUCUAUUUUAAAUGAGAGUUAUUACAGAGAUAUUUUACUUGAAAUGGGUGGCAUGUUUUCAAUUGCAAAUCGGGUGGAUAAUGUUCAUAAACGACCUUGGAUUGGAUUUCAAUCAUGGCGUGCUGCUGCAAGGAAGGUAUCUUUGUCCUCGAAAGCCGAAAGGGUUCUAGAAGGAACAGUACAGCAGAAACAUAAAGGAGAUGUGAUGUAUUUUUGGGCCCACUUAGACAUGGAUGGGGAACUUGCUGGAAAUGACCAUAUUUUAACAUUUUGGUCCAUGUGUGACAUCUUAAAUGCUGGAAAUUGCAGAACGGCCUUUCAGGAUGCUUUCAGAAGGAUGUAUGCAUUGCCAUCAUAUGUGGAAGCCCUUCCGCCAAUGCCUGAAGAUGGUGGCCACUGGUCUUCCCUUCACAGCUGGGUCAUGGCCACCCCUUCUUUUCUAGAAUUCAUGAUGUUUUCCAGGAUGUUUGCUGAUUCUCUUGAUAGUUUGCACAUGAAUUCAACUACAACCACUGAAUGCCUGUUAGGGUCUUCCUUGAGUGAGAAACAACAUUGCUAUUGUCGGAUACUGGAGCUGUUGGUGAAUGUAUGGGCAUACCAUAGUGGUAGAACCAUGGUUUACAUUGACCCAAAUUCAGGGUCAUUAGAAGAGCACCACCCAGUAGAAGAUCGAAAAGGGUUAAUGUGGAGUAAAUAUUUUAAUGCCACUUUAUUAAAAAGCAUGGAUGAAGAUCUAGCAGAGGCAGCUGAUGAUGGUGAUCAUCCAUAUGAUUAUGAAACAUGGUUAUGGCCAAGAACAGGAGAAGGUUUCCAGUCACUCCCAACUCCUAAGCUUUCAUCUCAACCGUUCUCCGACACAGCCGAUACACACUUGAAGGUUUUGCCAAUUGGUGGUUGUUGA